AUGUCCACAGCCACCAACUCCACACACCGCUACAACUCUUUCCAGCUUUCUUUCCUCCCCAUGUCUCUUCUGCCAAAGGAGCGGAGUUGUCCCUCCUCCCUCGGCUUCUCUCGCCUCCUCCACGCGCACACGCACGCAUCUGCCAAUAGGUGUAACCGACACACACUUACGUACCACUUGACACGAAACGCCACCAUGCUUCGUCAGUUUGCAAUGCCCGUGCGGCGAGCAGCGCAGAUGGCGGGAGUGGCUGCGCCACCACUGCUUGGUGUUCAGCAGUGCUUUAUGAACAUGAAUCGAAGCGUGCAGACGCGGUGGGAAAUUGAUAGCCAGACGGCCUCACAGAAGCGAACUGACUACGACUUUGACAAGGAGCAGUGGAUGAAGCAGAUGCGAUUUGCGUCUAUGGACUGCAUCAUGGACCCAGACAUAACACCCAUACGCUACACGUCCUUCGCGGGAGUGAAGAAAGCGUUCCGGCGUUUCGUGACAAUGCGCAAGCUAAUGGACCGCCGCCCAGAUUUCGACCCUGCUCAGCUGAAGGAGCUGUUCAUCCAGUUCAAGACACUCUCGUAUGAAAAGAGCCCGGACUGCUUCAAAACACUGCAGCGCAUCACCACGCACGGAGAGGCAGACCGAAUCCUUAAAGAAAUCAGGGGACGCAUGAACGAGGACUUUGCUAAGAAGAGCUGGCGGUCGUUGAAGCAGCAAGGGGCGAAGAGCACAUACGAGAUAGAGGUGGACUCGUUCAAUUUGGUGACAUGCUACAUGGGGCAGAUGUCACAGGACGACUGGCUACAAAUUACGUAUCGCUGCGAGUUCCGCCAGCGUGCCGGCAAGGAGUACGACUGGGAGACGCUGAUAGAGUACCCAGUGUUUGAGGUGCGACUGGGAGACGGUGUGAAGACCCCAAACACCCAUCCGUUCAUCGUUGUAGGGGUACUCAAGAAAGAUGGUACGCGCUACGGCAAAGACUCACAAGACGCCGCCGAUCUUCGCAAGCAGUUUGACCGCACAGGGCGAUGGUUCUGA